GUUAGUUUAGUCGGUUUGUCCUUUCAUUUCAAUUUGAGCCGCGAUUGGUGAUUAUUGCGCGCGAUCUGCGUUUACCUGGCGGCCGCCCGGCGCGGUGAGCUGCUGCUCGGACGGCUGGUCGGCCUCCGUUCGCCAGGUGUCGCCCCUCGGGCGGCGGCGCGCAGUCAUGAGCGGCGAGCAGCACGAGUACCUGGGCCAGCCGGCCGCCCCAGCCGGCCACGGCAUGCUCUCCCAGUACCAGCAGUCGCUGUAUGCAGCCACGUCGAGCGCCGGCAGCUCCAAAGCGCAGACGGACCAGCGCAACUUCCACUCUAUCCAGGUGAUGCUGGGCCUGGGCCAUGACCUGAACCUGUCGUACGGUGUGGGCGGGGACCAAGGUCUGCUGGCAACCUCGCUGGCCGACCUGACGCCGCAAGGCAGCGUGCCGGUGACGCCGCCGCCGCCGCCACCGCCGCCGCCUCCUCCUCCGCCGCCGCCGCCGCCGCCGCAGCCUCAACCAUCUGCGUCGGAGACAAAGAAGUCUGAGAAAUCUUCCAAAAAGAACGAUUCUGGAGUCAAGAAAAAGAAAACCAGGACGACGUUCACGGCCUACCAGCUGGACGAGCUGGAGCGGGCGUUCGAGCGCGCCCCCUACCCGGACAUCUUCGCACGCGAGGAGCUGGCGCUCAAGCUCAACCUCAACGAGUCGCGCGUGCAAGUCUGGUUCCAGAACCGGCGCGCCAAGUGGCGCAAGCGCGAGCCGCCGCGCAAGAACUACGUGCCUGGCAUGUCCUCUGGCCCGCUGCUCGGAGCGCCCAUCAACUCAUUCAGCGUCAACAACUACUCGCCGGUGCCCGACUGGUCAUACGCCAACAGCUACGACAGUCACGUGAACCUCUUUAACACCAACGCGUACGCGUACCAGCAGCCGCCGCCGCCGUCCGGGCUGGUCUCGGCUCCGCCGCCCGUCAAUGCCUACUCCGCCUACCCGGUCUCGUCGCAGCCAAUCAGCGACUGCCUGUUCGCGCAGACUCCGCCCCGCCCCGAGUUCGCGCCGCCGCCGGGCGCGCGCGCCGAGAGUGACAUCACCAGUGAGGUCAUGGGUGACGUCAUCAAGGUGGAGGACGACCGGCGGGACAAGGACUCGUACCCUCUGCCGUCUUUUUUAGUUUGAGGCACGAUCUGGUGCUGCAGAGGCGGUGAGGCCGCCGCACCUGCCGGGGCGUACGCAGGCUGGCGGACAGCGCCCGGCGCUCGCUACUUUGGCAGGCUGGCGGACAGUGCGGGGCGCCCUCUCCUCUUGCAGGCUGGCAGACAGUACAGGGCGCUUGCGUCUCUCGUGGCCUGUCAGAAAGCGCGGGGCGCUUGCUUCUCUUGCAGGCUGGCGGACAGCGGGGGGCGCCGCUUUUCUCGCGGCUUGGCUGGGGACCAGCUGCACGGCUGGCGGGAUGUUUAGCCACGUCAAGAGUAAUAUCUGGAAGAUCAAUUAAGAUCGAUCCACCAAUCCAUCACCAGUCAAUCAAUGACUUUCAAACGCUCGAAAAUGUGGCACACCGAGGUUAUGAACAGUCAGGGUGUAUGCAGGAUUUUGUAAUAGGGCCACAGCACACAAUCCUUCACCGAAAAGCCAUUUCAGCGAAUUGCAAGUACACGUUUUCUCUUGCAGGUCGUAUUAGGACACCGUCUGGUUUAAUUCAAUGCAUGUCAUUGUGCCUUUUUUCAUUUCAAUGAUUUUAUUCCGACUGUUUUCUUUGAAUAGCAUCUUCCAUGACUGUUGUAUUAUCAACACUUACUCACCGGGUAUAUGUUAAUAUGCAUGGUAAGGUUUGAUACAGGAAGUCGUGCCCUGGUGCCCCUCGUGAAUACGUCAACGGAACGAGGCGCAGGGCAGCUCUCCGCUUCUGGUGGGCCGCAGUCCGACGGCCGCCAGCGCGCCGGCAUAGCGUCCCCAAAUGGGCACCGGCGCUGAGUGUGAGGUCGGCUUGCAUCCGGCCCCAGUCUGCAGUAUUUGGUUGUUCAGUGGCUUACAUCUCGCCCAGUAUACGGUAUUGGGUUGGCCCGGUGGCUUACAUCCGGUCCCAGUCUGCAGUACUUGGUCGUCCAAUGGCUUACAUCCGGCCCAGUCUACGGUAUUUGGUUGUCCGGUGGUUUACAUCCGGUCCCAGUCUCCAGCGACGGAGGGAGAGACAGCAGAGGGAGCCGCCCUCAUCUUUGGAAAACAAAAUCCACGGGAACCUCAUGCAGCAUUAAAUGGCAGGAAAUGAUAUAAUAAGUUUGUUUGCCUCGCCCACUCUCCCCAGAAGGUCCACUGCCAUUCGCCGCCGGUGCCGUUAACUGACACAAGGGCUUGUCAGAUGGUGCACGUUUACCGGGUUUAUGCUCAUUGCAAGUGUCAUGACUCAUCUUGCUGCUGUGUCCAACUUUUAGGCAGUCUAACUAACUCUAUAUAGUUUAUGUAUUUCUAGCUGCUAUGUCUUCAUGUCCCAUCUAGCUUCUGCGUUGAUUUCGUUGCCUUUGUCAGCAAACAUGCCGCAAACCUAGUGCCCACGUUGCACGUCCCUUUCACCAGCCCGCGCCAGUGCAGUGCCUCGCUGCCCCAGCCCGACACCCAGCCUAUGUCCCUCCCACCAGCCUACGCUAGUGCAGUGCCGCGGGCGCCCCUCGCUGUCCCUGUCCGACACCCAGCGUACGCCUCUCUCACCAGAUCAUGUGCCGAAACUCGUUUGUGGCUGGGCGGGGUGGAACGGAAGUUGAGUGAUUAGAAGAGUGCCUACAUACGCUUGCAUUGUUAUAUACGUACCCAUGAUGCCCGUUGGGAGUGUAUUCGUCACAACACGCUACGACUGCGAACUCUGCGUUACAUUUAUAAGAUAUGACAGGUGAAAGACCUGCCUUUUGAGCUUACGGCGUGGAUGUUUCCCCACAUUUACAAACAUCCUGCUCUAGCUUUAGGCCAUAUGAACUUUACGGCCAGCCAAACUGUUGAGAUAUGUGCUCGGCAGCAAUUAGUUCACGACCAAGUAUGUACAUUUUGCGUGGUCAACAGUGCAUUGUCUCCCGUUUUGGCAGCAGUUAUACCCAUAAUCAUGCUGCGCUAUGGCCGACAUGUCUUUUGUGCGUUUGUAUUAAUUCGUUUCUAUUUAGAUCCACUCAUGAAGUUGCAUGGGUAUUGAGCACGAGCAUUCUAUUCUGCAAUAAUUAGAAUCGUCGUUUUGUGACUAACCGGAGUUCGAUGUGAUAGCAGUCCCCAGCACAUUGCUAAUAGUGGUCAUAUCUUAAGUGCACUGGUUUGCGUUUCGCCUCACACCCCCCCCCCCCCC